CUUCCCAACGUUCCAUUUUCCACAUGAUAAGACACAAACCCACUUAAUUACUUCACCCCACCGUAUAUUUGCAUUUGCACUAUCGCCUUGUUCACCUCCCCUUCUGAACUCCUACACACUACCCAUUUCUCUCUUUUUCCAUAAUGGACUCUACUAGCUCUGCCAAAGUUCAACAUGUGAACAAGAAGUCCUCUGAUGAAUUGCUCAGAAAGUUUGCUGAACUGGGUUCAGAUUCCGUAGACAAGGCACCAGCGAGGAAAGAGUUAAGAGUGUCGAAGCUCCGGAAAAGAUGCAAGAUAAUGAGAGAAGUGGAUCUCUUUGAGAGUCCAUCAAAUGGCAGGACCAGCUUAUUGGAGAGGAGGUCGCUUCUUCCUCUGGUGCCGACAAGGCGGUUGGCAUUGCUUCAGCAACUUCGGAUUGGGAGGUCGCAGUUCAGGACAAGGGGUGUGAAGAACAUGUCAAUAUUGGGAACCAUUGAGAAGACAUGGAAUAAAACUGUAGAAGGGACAUCAAAAGUUUUUAUGGUGAAGCAUUACCACCGGCAUAAGCGUUUGAUAAAUGACAUUGUAUAAGCUACGCAUUGGAAUAUUGAGAUGAUAUGCGAGCAACUCUACAGCACGUUGUCCACAAAACUCUCCAGCAUAGUUGAAAGAUUUGCAGAAUGGGCAAAUAAUUUAGCAAAGUGGAUAUUCGCAGUGAAAAGCAACAAGAAUCCUGAGAGGAAACUGAAGUAUAUAUAAAGGCGUUAAAGCAUGGUUGAAAAUUGAAUUAUAGUUGUAUAUAGCACUGUUUAAGAAAAUUGGUACCCCCAAGGACUAAAAGACUUCAACCAUAGAUGUAUUAGAAUGGUGCUAGGUACAAAUCCUAAAUAAGCAAGUCUCAUGCAAUUCUUUUAGUAAAGAGUGGGUCCUAUUAAUAAAAAAUAAUAACUUUUUUUAUACUUUUUUAAGGUAGAAUUUAUUUUUUUACAAAAUCUUGUGUGGAACGUCUUGUCUAUUUACAAUUUGCACAAGUUAUUUUUUUAAUUUUAAAGACAUGCAGUUAUGCACUGCCACUGCAAAGUAGUUGCAUGUUUAUUUCUACUUGACUCUGCUCUUUUUUAAUGUAUUUAGAAAAAUAUUUUACCACAACUACGGGAAGGGGUCCAUAGCUCAGUGGUAGAGCAUUUGACUGCAGAUCAAGAGGUCACCGGUUCGAACCCGGCUGGGCCCUUUUUAAUAAGCUGCUUUUCUUCCGUAUUUAUUUAUUUUUUUUUUUUAAAUCUUCCUCGGACGCCCUCAAUAGAAGGAAGCGCGGUCUCGCAUCCACUCUCCGAAGAGAUUCUCUGUUAAAAACGGUAGCUGCUCUUGCCCGGUUUCAACUUUCCCUUCAAUUCCGCUAUUUCCCGGGAACCAGAAGUCUCCACUUUCCCUUUUCUCACGACACUCUGUGUUCCCCCUCAUCAAAUUUGCUAUCUUUGAUUUUGCUGCCUCUCUCCCUACACUUUGAUCCAUCACUCACUCUUCAGCAUUCUCUUCCAUAAACAAUAUCUAUUUAUUUUGUACUUCUGAAUUCUCUGGGCUUUGCUGGUGAGAGAAAUGAGGGAUGCUAUCAUCGCUGGCAACUGGCAAGGAUCGCGUCGGCGUGUUCGAAGCCAGUAAGACGGUAUGCCCGUAUGAACAUGAAUCUCGAAGACUUCGCUCCUCUGGUUCCGGGUUCCGGAACCUCUAGAAGCACUUCUUAGGCGACUUAUGGUCCUUCGCCGUGGUUCAGGCCAAUGAGUUCCUGGACUAUCAUAGCCUGGUCGAGACCGGACUUAACGCCACCUUUUCGGUGCUUACGACGGCCAUGGCAGCCUUGAGGCGUCUCCAUUAUCUGCGACCAUCCUUUUCUUCAGCUUGUCAGUGACAGUAAUAUUUCUUUACUUUGUCCUAUACUAAUUUGUAUAUUCAAUUUUUGUUGGUAGAUCAAUGAGUUUUACGUUGUAACGUUGGGUUACAGUUUUGGUAAGAAUAUAUAGUGAAGCCUAUAUAGGGAGUUUGUGGUGAAUUCCCUGCGUUGGUUUUUCUUCCUGCUUGGUGUGUGACUCGUGUUGGUGGCCAUCCAAUUCAUUGGUGUUUCGCAGAUUGGCUUGCCGACGAAGAGUUUCGUAUUCACACGUACACGGCUAGAAGGUGCAGUCAGGAUUAAUAUUCACGUAGUUGAUAUGGAAAUUAGAUCUUGAGGGGAAACCUCUCAGCUGCCGCUUCUUGUGUUGAUUGUAAAUUCUUUUGAGGUAUAAUAAUAAAGAGUAAUAUCAUGUA